CCCACGCUCCUAGAAGAGAGCACAACGCAACCGACGCUCGGAUUGGAUCAAGCGCAAAGCUUUAAUUCCUGGAAGUCCGUGAACAAUGAAUCCAUUUCAUUCAUCUUAUUGGAACACCUCUACUGAACUUUUAAACAAAUCCUGGAAUAAAGAGUUUGCUUAUCAAACUGCCAGUGUUGUAGAUACAGUCAUCCUCCCUUCCAUGAUUGGGAUUAUCUGUUCAACAGGGCUGGUUGGCAACAUCCUCAUUGUAUUCACUAUAAUAAGAUCCAGGAAAAAAACAGUCCCUGACAUCUAUAUUUGCAACCUGGCUGUGGCUGAUUUGGUCCACAUCGUUGGAAUGCCCUUUCUUAUUCACCAGUGGGUCCGAGGGGGAGAGUGGGUGUUUGGGGGUCCUCUCUGCACCAUCAUCACAUCCCUAGAUACUUGCAACCAAUUUGCCUGUAGUGCCAUCAUGACUGUAAUGAGUGUGGACAGGUACUUUGCCCUCGUCCAACCCUUUCGACUGACAAGUUGGAGAACAAGGUACAAGACCAUCUGCAUCAAUUUGGGCCUUUGGGCAGCUUCCUUUAUCCUGGCAUUGCCUGUCUGGGUCUACUCGAAGGUCAUCAAAUUUAAAGACGGUGUCGAGAGUUGUGCUUUUGAUUUGACAUCCCCUGACGAUGUGCUCUGGUAUACACUUUAUUUGACUAUAACAACUUUUUUUUUCCCUCUACCCUUGAUUUUGGUGUGCUAUAUUUUAAUUUUAUGCUACACUUGGAAGAUGUAUCAACAGAAUAAGGAUGCCAGAUGUUGCAAUCCCAGCGUACCAAAACAGAGAGUGAUGAAAUUGACAAAGAUGGUGCUGGUGCUGGUGGCAGUCUUUAUCCUAAGUGCUGCCCCUUAUCAUGUGAUACAACUGGUGAACUUACAGAUGGAACAGCCCACACUGGCCUUCUAUGUGGGUUAUUACCUCUCCAUCUGUCUCAGCUAUGCCAGCAGCAGCAUUAACCCUUUUCUCUACAUCCUGCUGAGUGGAAAUUUCCAGAAACGUCUGCCUCAAAUCCAAAGGAAAAUGACUGAGAAGGAGAUCAACAAUAUGGAAAAUACUCUGAAAUCACGCUUUUAGGAAAGAUCACCACAAGUCUAAACAUGAUUGUCUAUGUUACUGGUAUUAUUAGAAAGGAUAGGUGUGCCGAUAUGUUUAUACCCAUUCUUCUCGUGUACUUGUGACUCUUAGUAGCAUGGAACAGAAGUGUGAGCACGCAAAUGCAAUGAGUUUAAUAUGCUAACU